AUGUGCGUGGUCAGUUCCUUGCGCAUCAACUCGUUCACUUCAUACUGGAGGUCUUUGGAACUGAAGAAACAGAGAUUCCUGGCAACUUUUGUCCUUUUAGCUUUGGAGGAGGCCCGUCGGGUAGCACCGCUCCUGGUUGAGGAAGCUGCAUUCCCGCUGCCCUCUGCAGUAUUGGUAAUUUUCCGUAGACAUCAUGAUACACCAAUUGUCAAGGCAAACCACCGAAAUCUCGCCUACAUCCUCCUGGUCUCCCUCCUGCUCUGCUUCCUCUGCUCCUUCCUCUUCAUUGGAAAACCCAGGAAGUUCACCUGUCUCUUUCGACAAACUUCCUUUGCCAUUCUUUUUUCCUUUGCAGUUUCCUCUCUGUUGGCAAAAACUGUCAUGGUGGUUCUGGCCUUCAUGGCCACCAAGCCUGGAAACAGGACAAGGAAACUCUUAGGAAAAUCACUCACCAACUCCACUGUCUUAGCCUGUCCUCUGGUCCAAGCCUUUCUUUGUGCCACCUGGCUGGGAACCUCUCCCCCAUUUCUCAACUUGGACUUCCACUCCUUGUUUGCAGAGAUCAUCUUAGAAUGUAAUGAAGACUCAGCUUCAAUGUUUUAUGCUGCCCUUGCCUUCUUGGGUUUCUUAUCCCUUAUCAGUUUCAUAGUGGCAUUUCUAGCCAGGAAAUUACCUGACAGCUUUAAUGAAGCCAAGUUAAUUACUUUUAGCAUGCUGAGCAUUGGUGCUGUUACCAAUAUUUCGCUGGCUGAAUAA